GGCGUCUGCCCGGCUCCGGCACAGAUCAGAAACUCAACAGACGCUUCUUCUCACUAAAGUUUAUUUCCUGUUGAGCCGCUGAGAUCGACAUGCUUCACCGGUGUGUUGUGUUGCUGCUGUGUGCCUUUGCUGCUGUUUGCCUUGCAGCUCCAGUCCACAAUGCAUCUGAUGAUGAGAGGGCUAUGGAGCUGCUGGCACAUCUAGACGGAAAGAAUGUAGGGGAUGCUGGGACAAAAGAGCCAGCUGUUACAGAAGCAGGUGGAACAGCUGAACCUUCAGCUGAUUCAUCUGACAGUGAAAUGUCUAUGAUGGACAACUCUGAGGACAACAGCGAUGCAUCUAUGAUGGACAAAUCUGAAGACAACGUCAAAGACUCCACUGAACAUGAUGAAGAAAAAGCAGAAAAUGACCAAACUGACACCACAGAGGAGGAGGAUUCCACGAUGAAGAACUCUGACGAUGAGUCCAAAGAAACAUCUAAAGCUGCUGCAGAGGUCAAGACCACUGAGAAAACAGCUGAAAACCCAGACGCUACAGAUGAACCAAGUGAAGAAACAUCAGAGGGCGAGGAAUUGGAUUCAGCAGAUGACAGCCAAGACUCUACAGAUGAGCCAAGUCAAGAAACAGCAGAGACUAAAGAAACAGAGUCAGCAGAUAAAAGUGAGGACAAAAGUUCAGCAGCAGAGGAAACUGAUGAAGAAGCCUCAGACUCCGCUGAUGUGUCUGAAGCCGUCUCAGAGUCAGAGGAGACGUCCUCCUCUCCAGAAGUAAGAGGCUCAAAAACCAACAAUACUGAAGAUAAAAUCUCCUUUGAGGAGGUUGAAGACCAAAGUGACGAGAUGUCGAUGGACAAAGAUAAAAAAAGUGAAGAGUCGUCCAUGCGUCCCACUGACAGCGUUAAAGGAGCUGAGGACAGCGCCUCCCUUGAGAGCGAUGAAAUGUUUGAGGAAAGUGACGAACAAAGUGAAGAAGAGAAGAGCACUUCAGCCCCAGCAUCUGAGGACGCCGGCGCUGACAGCGAAGACGAGUCCGACCAAUCCUCACAAGACCUCAGCAAAGAAGACGACAGCAAAGGCCAGGAUGCAGUUCAGAGCCAGGACGAUGGCACGACCUCAAAAGCUGACCUGAUGGACGACGACCUGGGGGCAGAGGACGAUAAAGACGAAGAGGAAGAGGAAGCGGCCGAUGGUGAUGCAAAAGAUUUGGGGGUCAUGAUUGAAAAAGAUGAGGAGGAGAAAGUGGAGGUGAACAAAGAGCAGGUGGACAGCAACGAGGACCAGCCAGCGAAGGAGAACAGCGAUGAAAAAGAUGAGGCAGAUAAAGAGAAGGAUGCCAGUGACAAGAAAGACCUGAGCAUGAGCGAGGAGGAGCCGGACUGGGAGGAGGAAAUGGGCAUGGAUGACUCUCUGGAGGAAGAAGAGAAGGCAAACAAAAAGACGAGCGACGAAAAGGGCUCGUUUGACGAAACAACUUCUGACCAGCUGGACCAACCCGACAACUCCACCCCUCCUGCAGAUGCUGCGAUGUAAACGCUCUGCCUCUGAACUGUGGAAGAAGACCGACACCAGAACCAAGCCCCACGGUCUCCACGGUGGAAUAAAGACGCCAUGACAACAAGAAGCUAAAACUGCAUCUAAAUUUCAACCUCCAGCUUCCUGUUUGUUUGCCUUGCCAGGCUCGUUCCUGAUGUGUACGUCAUAUUUUGUUUCAACUUGCCUUUAGAUGUCCUCAGAAAAAUGUAUGAGACACCUGCCGUCCUCCAGUCUUCUAGCCGCACUUUCCUGACGCCUCCUUUAACCUAAUCUACCUAACUUUCUGCCUGUCUGUCUGCAGAAAAAUUAAACAAGCUGCUGAUCUCAGAUCUGCUCUGUGUGUCUGAUUUCACACAUGAAUGUGUACAUACAGUCCAUCGUUUACUUUACAGACAUUAAUAUUUUUAAAGGAUGUGAGGGAAUACCAGAGUCAACAAUUGUACACAAGGAAUGGCUAAUAAAGUUUGAACUGUUAUUUAA